AAUUAUAAAUGGUUAUCAAGUUUGUUCGCUACCUACUAUAUAUCUGUUCAUCCUCCCUUCACCGCGCAUCACCAUGUUCAAACGAGUCGAAAAGAAGCGCAAAAAGCUGGAAGAAGAGGAAGAGUUAGGAAUCGAUGAAGAUAUGAAGGAGUUCAUGGGGUUCAAUGACACAGAUUCAGAUGAAUCUGCAUCAGACUCGGAUUCUAGCUCUGACGGGCACUCGGACGCCGACCCAUUACAAUCAGACGAAGAGGACCUAGAGCAAGCUGGAGAUGGCAAUGAAAAUGAAGACGAGAUGGAUGAUGAUGACGCCAGUGAUGGUGAAGAACCCCCCAUCUUGCUGUCAGAAGCAUUGAGGGACCCCAUCUACGUCGUAUCGCUCGACCCAGAUGUCCGAGCCUGCAUAUUGUGCAAGGGAAAGGUCAUCAAGGGUACCCAAAUGUCGACAGUCCACAAAGCAUCUACUGCACAUAACCGACGUUUCGAGCGUUUCAAGAUCUUGGCAGCGAAAUGUGAUCAGCAGAGCGAUGCCUGGCAAAUUGCAAGGACGGUCCAGAAGGAGGCGUCACAUCCGACUGGUACUCAGAAUCGCCCUGAUACAGAGGGUGGUUUGUCGAAGCGUGCUCUCAAAAGACGAAGCAAGCAUCAAUAAAAGAGAAGCGAACGCUUCACAACAAACUUCGUGCAAAGGCGAAGGCGAAGGCAAAAAAGGCUGCCGAUAAAGCUACCUCAUCUCAAGACGCAGGUGGGAAGGAGUCAGCAGCGAGCGAGCUGCUUGAGAAGGAGAAAUCGCAAAAAGCUGGAGCUGCGCCCCGCAACAAAAAAUUGGUGAAGAAGGGAGAGCGGAAGGUCGCCGAUGUCAAAGGUCAAGACGGCGAAAAAUUGGAUG